UAUUAGCUGUAGGCUUUCCUUUUUCCCCUUUCGUGAUUCCGCUAAAAUCGAGCGUUAUUUUCGUCAGGUAUGAGUAUCCACAAGGAAACAAGAACAAGCGUCUCCAAGCCUGUGAUCCUCGGCGUUGCACAACCGAGCUGCCUGGGGAGCAGCACGCAAUGUAGAGGAGCUGUGCCGGUGGCAGACGUGGCUUCAAUGGCACCGAGGAACCAGCCCAGUGGGAACAGCAGCGACAGCAGUUGCAGCAGCUCCAUGGCCCGGGGAAAGCGCUCCGCCCUCCUGAACAAGGACAGCGAGGAGUACCGCGAGCACAGGGCUCGCAACAACCUGGCCGUCAAGAAGUCACGCACCAAGUCCAAGUUGCGUGCCCAGGAAACUCAGCAAAAAGUGGCCAAGCUGCGUGAGGAGAAUGAGAACCUCGUCGCCAAGAUCAAGGUCCUGAACAAGGAGCUGAGCUUCCUCAAGGACCUGUUCCUUGCCCAUGCGGGCGCCAACGGCGGUAGCCGGGGCAGCAACUGUGGCAACCUCGAUGGCGUUGACCUAAGCUUUCUCAAUGACGAGGAAGUUGGCUCCUCGGAGGUCAAGGGGCUCGUCUCCAAGAACGUUGGUUCCUAGGUGUGCCACGCAGGACAAUAUUGGCAGCCCCUCUGUUCCUCCCUUCUGACUGAAUGCAUGUGUCCCGCCUUGGAAAACUUCUCUUCAUAAUUGUUUGUCUGGGCCCACAUUGUUUUAGGCUUCUUGGUGAGUUUUUUUAUUUUUCUGUAAAAUUCUGGUCUUUGUUCUGUUGUUUAUGUGCUUUGAGGGAAGGAAUGGAGUUUGUCAAUACUCGUGGCGGGGCUGUGAGGGCAAUGGUCAGGAAGACGAGAGAGUGGCAAUAGUUGGGAACCAAGCUUUUAUGAUGCACUCUGUUCCUUUUGUUAUGGGCUUGUUAUUUUAUAUAUUAUCUCGCAACGCAGAUUGAUAUAUUGUUGACUGAUGUUACGAACUACAUGAUAAAAGUGGGAAAUUUUCUGAGUUUUCUAUUUUCUCUUUGUCCAAUAAACUCACCCCAUCCAAGCAUAAGAACUCAUCUAGUUUUUGCCCUGCGUAUGGAAAUCAUGUUGCUGGGGCCUGUUCUGACCAAUGAUGAUUGAAAGUGACAAAUUUGCUCUUAAGUGAGCCCUUCGAUAUGAUGAAUGGUAAACUGUUCCGAGUUUGAUCAUUUUGUGAAAUUCACAAUUUCAGAGGUUCGAAACAGGCACAGGGCCACUUUGAAUCAUUUUGGUUGCACAUCGUUUUGCACGAGCUUGUAUUGUGCUGUAUGUCUUAUUUGUUAUGCGUUCAAUAUGAAUUUGGUGCUUUAAAUGACAGAGUUGUUUAUUAAUUCACAAUGACGAGUUCUGCUGGUAAGUAGGUUAUUUGUGGCAUUCAGCUGCUAAAUGAAUUGAGUAUCUGCUGCUUAGCUGUCAUAUUUUAAUAUGACAGAGAAGCAGCUUUAUUAAUUUGGCCUUCUGGCUCAUAAAAUUGCACUUCAUUGCUGUUCAAGCUUACCGUGCAUGAUACAUUUGGAAAGCAAGUUCUACAUCAGAGGAGGGGAAGUAUAGCAUACACAAACUGUCUUUUUAGUGGGACUACUAGAUCACUUCCUGUGAUAGUCUAUGGUCAUAACUCAAUCUAUGAACUCUAAGCAUCCUAAAAACCAAACGCAUCCAUGCGUGGCCGAUUUCGCUAUUAAAAUCGGUAUUGAAGAUAGAUUACUUUGGAACUCUUGCAGACACCAGAGGGCACCGUUGCAUAGAUUGUAACUUUCGGUUCUGGAGAACGGUAGGUGAAUGCUUCUCCCUAGCAAUGAUAUGAGAUUCUUUGCCUUUCUCCAUUAAAUCAGAAUUUAAUCGGAGAUUAGUUAAUUGUUGGAUUUAGAAGCUUUGUCUAGGUGCCACAAGCCGCCUGUGCGAUUGAAAGGGUUCAGCCAUGUCCAUACAUCUAAGGGCUUCUCCUCGUCCAUCUGUGCAGUCUGAUAUCUGCGAUAGUUCUGAGGUAAUCAAUCUUUGAUACCGAUUUUUAUAGAGAAAUUGGCCAUUCAUGAAUGUGAUAUUUGGUUUUUUAGCGUGCUUAAAACCCAUAGAUUCAGUUAUGACCAUAGACCAUUACAGGAAUUUGUUUUGGUACCCCUUUAACCAAAUAAUGCUAGAAAAUUGAUUUGUUUGUUUUGUAUUGACCACUUUCGAGUGUGGGGGGAAGGUUAGUUUUCUCAAGUUUUCCAUUUUUGUUUUGUUUUGAUGGUCCAUUUCCACAAACUUUUUUUCUUUUUCCUUAAAGGCUCUAUGUUCCAUCAACAUUUUAAAACUGAACUAAUACCAUAUUUUCUGGAGAUGCACAAUUUUCCACAUCCUGCAAUGUAUGAGAACUGGUUCUGUUGCUCCUUAUAUUCCCUUUCUGCAAUCUGCUGAGUGUUUGGUUAUUGCCAGUUAUGUUCUAACCAAAUGGGACUGCAAAUCAGAAUUUUAAGCUUUUUAGAUUUAUUUUGGGAUGAAAUUGUGUUGUGCUGUCAAGUGUCUUUGACAGCUUCAUUAGGUUCAUUGGAAGUUUCAGUUAUUUGGCGGCCAGUUAAGAAAGCAUACACCUCCUUUGUGCCAAUGUGUAGAUCAAAAACCAGAUACCUCAGUCAACGAACAGUAAGAGGCACAUUUCUUUGGUGAUGACAUCUUUAGGCUGCAUAGCCGACAACUUUUGCAGUGUUGCUGGCGAUGCAAUCCUAUUGCAAUCACUAGUUGCAAUGGAAGCAUAAGAUGCUAUGCAUACAUUCAUAUAAUUGGAGAGCUUGUAUUUGACGUUACCUCUGCAUUUUUUUAAUGUCAUGCCAUAUUAAAUAUGUGCACAUAAUGGCAACGCAAAUAUAAGGUUCAAAGUUCAGUACUUCAAAUGAUAACCAAUCAAUCCAUUUUUUAUUUUGGCGGAUGUCCAAGAAAUAUGCCGUUUUUAAUGUGUUAGUGCCAUCGAUCAUCUGCUUAGUUUUGUAUGUAAGCAGCCCAUGUAGGGAUCAAAAUCAUUUGAAUAUGUGUCUGUUGGAUGUUGCAGCCUAAUCUUGGGCAGCCACCAUUGUAUUUGGAGCUGUUUAGAUAUAAAUAGAGAAUGCUCAGGUACUAAAGACUUCAUUUUAGGCAUCUUGAAUAGCUGCCUAAAAAUGUGAUGGGCAGUAAUGGGUAAAACCAGUGGACAUUUAUACAAGUAUUUAAAAAAAACAAUGGUGGUGUUGAGACACAGUAAAUACUGCAGGACGAAGAGCGAUAGUGUCUGAAGAAAGCUGCAUCUCCUAGUUUGCUCAAACUAGUUUUCGUCCCCUUUCAGUUAGGCAUUUGAAGCCCCUCUACUGGUUGUCAGUGAAAACACAAAUGUCUACCGAUUGUCCCUAUGCAAUGUACCUACAACACAGCUUUGGACAUGGAUUUUAAGUAUCCCAUACAAAACUUUUAGUGCCUAAAUUAUAAGAUAUUUAUGCCACUAUUUGCACAUAUGACAUACAUUCCUUUGUAGGGUUUUGUUAGUUUACCUACAUUUCUGUAUUCAGAUGUGCAAAUCAUGUUUUAUGUGGACACACUUUUUUGAGCUUUGUAGUUUAGCAUUUUUGUACACUUGUUAGAAUAGUAAUGGUACACUCAAGAUGCUUUGAUCAGUUAUCAUUGCCUGUGCUUUGUGAUAUCUUUCAGCAGCUCAUAUUGCUUUUGUGUUAAUAACCUUGCUGGCUAAUGCUUGUGGUUUCACAGAGAGGUCGACCUUUUAGUGGUGUCCCACACUCUUUUCGUGUGAAGCCCUGUCUACUACAGUCUGCUCUUGAACAUGUGGCAAAUCCUCAUUGAUGUGACAAAAAAAAAUAUUGUUAAUAAAGCGAAUUUACAUUAUUUA